UGUAUAUCGUAUAUGAUGGUUUGGAGUAUCAACUUUCUCGAUUGAAUUCUAUCUCCCUCCCUUAGUCCCCUGCCAACCAAACCGUUCAAAGCGUGAAAAAUUUGAAAAUACGACGUAUAUAAAGAAAAUAAAAAGAAAAACAGAGAGAAAAAGAAGGAUGAGCAAAUUUUCCCUGACCUUACCUUCACCGUGACCGAGCAAAAUCAUCUCGAUAUCUCUCUCGCAGGUUCUCUUCCUCUCCGAAUUUAACUAAGAAAUGACAGAUAUAUUUUCCUGGUGCAUGAUUUGUGGCCACAUGAAAGGAAUUUGAGACCUUAAACGGAGCUCAUAUCAGGAAAGGGUAGAAUGAGUUUGAAUAAUGGAGGACCGUCUACAACGAUUCUUCGGAGAGAUCCAUAUGAAGUUUUGAGUGUUACUCGAGAUUCUACUGAUCAAGAAAUUAAGACUGCUUACCGCAAACUUGCGCUUAAGUAUCACCCCGACAAAAAUGCUAAUAACCCUGAAGCUGCUGAGCUUUUUAAGGAAGUUGCAUAUUCAUAUAACAUAUUGUCUGAUCCUGAGAAGAGAAGGCAAUAUGAUGCUGCAGGAUUUGAGGCCAUAGUAUUUUUUAAAAUAUCCAUUAGCUUGUUGGGAAUGGUAACUAAGUCUACAGAAAUGAUUUAUAAGGCUCUUGAUAUCGAGGGCAUGGAUAUGGAAAUCGACUUAUCAAACCUUGGGACUGUCAACACAAUGUUUGCUGCCUUGUUUAGUAAACUGGGGGUUCCUAUCAAGACAACCAUCUCUGCUAAUGUUCUGGAAGAAGCACUGAAUGGAACUGUGACUGUACGCCCACUUCCUGUUGGAACUUCAGUUAAUGGAAAGGUAGAUAAGCAGUGUGCCCACUUUUUUAGUGUGACAAUAAGCGAGGAACAAACACAGGCAGGCAUUGUAGUCCGUGUCUCUUCAGCUGCCCAAAGCAAGUUUAAGCUUCUUUACUUUGAGCAAGAGGAAAAUGGAGGUUAUGGGCUUGCAUUACAGGAGGAUAGUGAAAAGACUGGCAAGGUGACAUCUGCUGGCAUGUAUUUCUUGCAUUUUCAAGUUUAUAGAUUGAAUUCAACUGUAAAUGCGUAUGCAGCAGCCAAGGACCCUGAAGCUGCUUUCUUUAAAAGAUUGGAGGGUCUACAACCUUGUGAGGUCUCAGAACUGAAACCGGGCACUCACAUUUUUGCUGUAUAUGGUGAUAACUUUUUCAAACCCGCAAACUACACAAUAGAGGCACUUUGCACGAAGACUUAUGAGAACACAGCAGAGAAGUUGAAGGAAAUUGAGGCACAAAUUUUGAGAAAAAGAAAUGAACUUAAUCAAUUUGAAUUAGAGUAUAGGAAGGCAUUGGCUCGUUUUCAAGAAGUGACAAACAGAUACAAUCAAGAAAAACAGUCUGUGGAUGAGCUAUUGAAGCAACGAGACAGUAUACACUCUGUCUUUACUGUAGUCAGAACACAGAGUAUUCAUGGGAGUAGUAGCAGUUUGGGCAAUGGGAGUACAAGUAAGGUUUCAGUCCAAGAUGGAAGGUCCGAAAGCCCCGGAGAAAAUGGAAGUUCUGAUGGAAAAGACAAAUCGUCUCGCAAGAAAUGGUUCAAUCUAAAUCUUAAGGGUUCUGAUAAAAAGCUUGGGUGAUUGCCUUCAGUGGGACAUAUACAUAACUUCAUGCUUGAUCAUCUGGUGGGCUUCAGGCCAUUUCUUUGCUCGUCUUUCUGUGAGUACCUUUCAUUCAUAGCAUAGUUUUGAGUGCCUAAAGAUUCCGAGGGUAUGAAAUUUUUUUCUACCUGUGCUGUGGACGAUGCAGUGGCAAGUACAGAGAAAACAUACAAAAAGAUGGAAGGGUUUUUGUUCUUUAUAUAUAAUUGAGUUCCUUAGAGUGAUCUCCCUAGCAAAUAUAAUUGCAUGUUUUGUAACUUAUCAAUGAAAUGAGGUUAUAUUUUUAUAAUUUAAGCUGUGGAUAUUUUCAAAGUGGCUAUGUGAGGUUUUUGUAUAAGAAUGAAUUAUUCAUUAUUCAUUAUUGAUAAGUUUACACCAACAAACUUUUGAUUACGA